UUUUUAUUUUUCCUUUCAUUUGCUUGCAUAAAGAUAUUAUUUGACCGUUAAUAGAGUUGAAAUUAGACAUUGGGACAAUAGAAAGUGGCCGUUUGGCCGUUGAUUGGAGGUGACCGAUGUAUGGAGGUUUUUUUUUAUAAGAGUUUGACCAUGAAUUUGGCAGGGAUUUUCUUUUCUGGCCGCUUAUCAGGAGGUGAUCGAUGUAUGGAGUUGACCGUUAAUAGAGGUUCCACUGUAAUAUUUAAAGUGACAAUCUGACUUUGUGUCUAGCUAUUAACUUCAUAGCUACCAACCUGCAAAAAUGACAUCAAUCACAAUGUAUAAUGUAAACAAAAACAACAACAAGUAACUAAACUUUGACUAAUAUUUUUUGCCUGAAAUUUUUACCCGCCUUUUUAAGCGCUUCAUUUUUACCGAUAGGGGAAGCAUUUCAUUCUAAAAUGCGAAAAAAACUCUUAAAAUGGGGAAGAGAAGGGGCAUAUCAAAAGAUAUCGUGUAGAUAUCCUGUAACAAAGUGACCAACGGAUAAAUUUUUUUUCAGGGCUAGAAAUAAAAGCUACUUUGAAGGCUUGUGAGAAUGUUUUGAAAUUGUUUUAGAAUUUAAAAAAAAAACUUCUAUUUUGUUAACCUGUUGUGCGUCCUCCAUGAAGUCGUCUAGCACCUGCUAUCAUCCCCCUUGGCGCUGAAGUGCGACUUCGCUGAACGCGCAUCAUACUCCAUAGUGUAUAACGACUUUGACGCGUAUCCCUGAAAAUUUAAAAACAUCCAUCAGAAUCAGUGCACAUGUUUCACUAACUCAACUUGUCAACCUCAAGUUCUUCACGGUAAAACCAUGCGUACAAACAUUUGAAAUGACAGUUUUAUCAACCUCUUUUUCAGGCAUCUUUUUCUAGAUAUUGUACUGCCCAUCGCAUGUCAAACUGGUUGGUUUUUCUUGCAUUACAUCACGCAUGUUAUUAAAUUAGAAAAGAAUAAUUAAGCUAAAUUUAGAAAAUCCUUUCAAGCGCUUUUAGAGAGCGGGCGCGCAAGUCAAUUAAAAACGCAACGAUGGACAGGUUAUUAUCACACUCCUCCUUUGUCAAUUAUCUGACUUUUCUAAUGAAUUAAACAUGGCGAAAGUUCCACCACCUACAGCUGAAAAGAAAGUAAGGUAUGCAGCUGUUAGAAGUAGAAGUACCGAAAGUAAAGCACCGGUUCCACCACUGCAACUCAAAAAAGAAUCUUCUCCACAAACUAAUAGGUUAUCUGGUGCAUCAUUUAGUUUUACGCCAUCACCAAAAAUAGUGGAAACUAAACCAGCAAGCAAAGAGGAUGCCGGUAUUUAUGUUGGCUUUGCUAAUCUACCUAAUCAAGUUCACAGAAAGUCAGUCAAGCGCGGUUUUGAAUUCACAUUAAUGGUAGUUGGUGAAUCUGGUCUGGGAAAAUCAACAUUAGUAGAUAGUCUAUUUUUAACGAGUUUGUACGCGGAACGGGAGAUACCAUAUGCAAUCGACAGAAUAAAAAAGUCUGUCUCUGUAACGACUUCAACUGUAGAAAUUGAAGAGAAAGGUGUCAAGCUUAAGCUAACGGUUGUUGACACUCCAGGUUAUGGAGACUCUGUUAACAAUGCAGCCAGUUGGACGCCCAUUGUUAAUUAUAUAAACGAGCAGUAUGAAGCUUACUUAAGAGACGAGUCGGGCUUAAAUCGAAGAAAUAUCAUCGAUAACAGAGUACAUUGUUGUUUAUAUUUCGUCAAUCCAGUAGGUCACGGAUUAAAACCUUUGGAUGUCAUGGUAAUGCAAGCACUACACGAUAAAGUUAACAUAGUUCCCGUCAUUGCCAAAGCUGACACUUUAACUAAAAAAGAAGUGUCGCAACUGAAACAGCGUAUUUUGCGCGAGAUACAGGAGAACAACAUACAAAUCUAUCAAUUUCCUGAAGCUGACGAAGAAGAAGACGAUGAAGAGUUUAUAGCUGUAAAUAAAGAAUUAAAGACUAGUGUUCCAUUUGCUGUUGUUGGUAGUAACACGGUAUAUGAAGUAAACGGUAGAAAAGUACGUGGAAGAAUCUACCCCUGGGGUGUGGUCGAUAUUGAGAAUCCUGCACACUGUGACUUCACCAUGCUUAGAAACAUGUUAAUCAGAACUCACAUGCAAGACUUGAAAGAUGUCACGCAAGAUAUCCAUUACGAAAAUUUUCGAGCGAUGAAAUUAGCUUCUGGUGAACCUCCAUUAAUACGCGAAGAAGAAAGUUCCAGAAGUAACAAGAACAGUACUGUUGAUAAUCGUGAUGCGCUUCUGCUCGAGAAAGAAGCGGAACUUAAACGUAUGCAAGAACAAAUCGCUAAGUUGCAAGCUGAUAUGAUGGUAAAGCAAUCUAAUCACGUCGACACGCCGUCGUCAGAAGUGAAAUGAAAAGCGACAGUUGUAUGAUUAAACAACGACAGUCGACCAUUGAUGUGCGAAGGGAGUUCUUCGUGAAAGACGGCUCUAAAACGAGAAUUAUCACCUGUGGACAUACAUAUAUGACUGAAAGACGUAACCUACGUUACGUUUCAUAUACUUCUUGUUAUUAGGUGUUGAAAAUAUUUUGACAUAAGCUUUUAUGUUUUAUAUUCGGAGGUACAGACAAUUCCAUUUUUAAUUAAUUGUUGUUUGUGUCUUGAAAGUUUUAAUUCUUCUGUGUAGGUAUUAAUUUUUAUGUAGUUGUUGAUAAUUUUUUUUUCUUUUUAUACUUCUAAUUUUACUGAUUUCAAAACGUUACUGGUUUUACUCUCUGCAGUGACGUAGUGACUUGUAAAAUGACCACGGAAUGAAGUACCAUAAACUGGGUCACGCGUACUAAUUUGUAAAUUUGCAAACACAUUUUAACGUUUAGUAAAAACUAAUUUUCUGCAUUUUCUUUUCUGACGUGAACCUAAAGAAUUUGCCUUCAGAAUAUGCACUUUUAUAUACUUUAAGUUUUACUUUAAACUCGAUCUGUGCUCUCAGAGUUUUUUUUAAAUAUACUCCCUUCCUAUAAAUUUGAUGACGUGCGGGAGCUGACCGAAGGAAUAAUGUUUUUAUAUAUAUAUUUUAUAACAUAUCAUGAAUGUGAAGUUUUGAAAUAUUCUUUGUGCCUUUAAUUAAUACCGCCGCGUUUUGCAAUUUGUUCUAUGUUGUCGUGGUUGUUGUUUUUGUUUCGAUUUACUAACCGUGACGACCAAACAAAUUGUGGAGAGAAAUGUGUCAUGGGAGUCUGAAAAAAUCCUAUAUGGUAAACCCAUAACAGUAUGUCACUUUGAACAAUGACAUGAUUUUGUGAUAGUCCAUUUUGUAUGUGAUUGUAUUUUUGUCAUUUGAUUAAGAUAAAUUUUUUCAAAUAGCAUAAAAUUUUAGUGUGAGCAAUUUUUUUCAAAACAAAUGGAAUAUGCUUGUAGAUAAAGGUGGCAUUCAUUUACGUAAACACGCCGUUCGAGUAAGCUA